ACGUCACGGCCAGCCCCCCCUUUUUCUCCGAGCUCCGAGUCCUUCUCGGCGUUUGUCCGAGGGCUCUCCACGCAGCUCGGUGAGGAUUCGAAAGAAUAGACUUUUCGCCAUUGGUAUCACAUUGAGACGCUGCAUUUUCCAUUCUUGGACCGGGCGAUUCUGUUUGGGGCAGCCGAGCUUUGCCUGAAAGGUUCAGAGAUUCAGUCCAUUGUCAUCAAGGUGGGAACAUGGUAGCAUCCAGGCAGGCAUGGUACAGGAGGAGCUGAGAAAGAGCCAUAGAGAAAGAUAGCAAACAUGACUUUCUGGAUUUCCUGUAUGUCUGCACAGGACUUCUAGAUCUGUACAGAACAGGAUAUUUUCUGUGUCCUUCCCUGCUCUGCUCAUGCCUACCACAAGAAUAGGACUUCCUAAUAAUUUGCUGAAAGAAUUAAAGAAUAAGCCAGACCUGAAAUAAACCAGUACUUCCAGUACCUCCAAUAAAUGAAAUAGAAGAGGACUCCAUAUAACCCUGUAUUAAGAGGAAUGGAGAUUGCCUCUGUGCACUUAGAUUCAUAAGCUGUCCCGAAGUGAUCUUGGCAUCAGGGAAGGGAGUGUUCAGGCACAUUUCACCAUCAGCAUCACGGGAUGGCAGCCAUUGAUUUGUCCCAUGGCCUUCUUUCUAGAGAGCCUAUCUACGUCUACGAAGCAAACAUAGAGGUAGAAGGGACGGUGACUGACAACCAGGCAAAUUGUUACCAGGAUUCAGUGACCUUCGAUGAUGUGGCUGUGGAGUUCACCCCGGAUGAGUGGACUUUACUGGACCUGACUCAGAAGAAUCUAUACCGAGAGGUCAUGCUGGAGAACUAUGAGAACUUGACUUCAGUAGGAUGUCAGUUAUUCAUUCCUAGUCUGACCCCCUGGUUAAAACAAGAAGAGCCCGAGGCGGAAAGUGCUGUUCCUCAACAAUUGGAACUACAACCUACAAUUGACGAUUCAGAGCUUGAGAAUUAUUUUAGGAUGCAAAGUUCCAGUGCAACAGAAAUGGUGGGUGACUCAUCUCUUCAGGAGCAGUCAGGAAACCACAAUGAAGGGGACCUAUGUGACUCUAAGCCAUGUGGAAAUGUGUUGGGUGAACAAUUAUGCCUUAACACAGAGGUGAGCAUGCAAAGUCAAGGAUACAGUUCUGAGUGUAACUGGUAUGGGAAAGACAUUCUUUCUUUGCUCAAGGAAACCUCUACUGGACAGACCGUUUCUGAGCUUAAUCAGUGUGGAAAACUCUUCAGUCUGACUCCAAACAUCAUGUACCCGAGCACUAGCACAAAUGAGAAGCCCUUUGAAUGCACAGACUGUGAGACAGCCUUUUUUAACCAGUCUUACUUUCAGCCAGAUAUGAGGCCUCACAAUGGAGGAGAACCCUUUGACUGGAGUAAAUACGGGAAUGGUUUUAUUCAUCCUACAGGCCUUGCUAUGCAUCUUCCAAUUCUCAAUGCAAGAAACCCUUACAAAUUUGAGGAAUGUGGAAAGGACUUUCAGUAUUUUGCAUGCCUUAAUAAUCCCAUGGGAAUGUGCACUGGAGAAAAAUUCUGUGACUGCAAGGAAUGUUGGAAAGCCUUCACGGUUUCCUCACACCUAACUCAAUAUGUAUCAAUUCAAACUGAAGAAAAGUCCAAAGUAUGUAAGAUAUGUGGGAAGUCCUUUGCUAACUAUUCUCGACUUUCUGCACAUGUAAAAACUCAUAAUGAAGAAAAGCCCUUUGUAUGUAAGGAGUGUGGAAAGGCCUUUAAAAAUAUGUCAUACCUUAAUGAUCACGUUAGAAUUCACACUGGAAUAAAAUCAUACAAAUGUAUGGAAUGUGGGAAAGCCUUCCUUCGAUGGUCAGGCCUUACUGAACACAUAAGAGUUCACACUGGGGAAAAGCCUUACGAAUGUAAGGAAUGUGGAAAAACCUUUUCUAGAUCUACUCAGCUUACUGAACACAUAAGAACACACACUGGAAUCAAACCUUAUGAAUGUAAGGAAUGUGGGAAAGCCUUCACUCAGUACUCGGGCCUUGCCACCCAUGUACGAAUUCAUAGUGGAGAAAAGCCCUUUGCUUGUAAGGAGUGUGGGAAGGCCUUUACCAGGACCUCUGGCCUGAUUCAUCAUGUGAGAACUCACACAGGAGAGAAGCCUUUUGAAUGUGUUCAUUGUGGGAAAACCUUCAUUACUUCCUCCCAUCGCACUAAACAUCUGAAAAUUCACAGUGGCGAAAAGCCCUUUGUGUGUAACAUAUGUGGGAAAGCAUUUAUAUAUUCUACAUCCCUUAACAUUCACAUGCGAACCCACACUGGAGAGAAGCCCUAUAUAUGUAAGCAGUGUGGGAAAGCCUUCGCUGUUUACUCACGACUGAGGAAACACAGCAGAGUUCACACUGAGGAGAAGCCCUAUCAAUGUGAGGGUAUGGCCGUUGCUAUUUAGCCCAUCUGUUGCCACCUUUAAAUAUUGACAGUGACACCAAAGAUCAUCAGAUUCGUCUUAACUGCUUUGUGUGGGUUACAGAGGCUCACACUGGCCUUAGACACUAUCCUAAUUUUAUGAAAUAGGAUAUUUAGGUGCCCCGCCCCCCAACUUUUCUUCUUUUGGGUAGUGCUGAGGAUUGACCUAGAACAUCAAGCAAGCUAGGCAAGCACUCAGUUACUGAGCUACCGUUUCCAGGUACCCUGGAACCUUUUCAUGAAUAUCUGAGUCAGAGCAUCUGUGGGUCAUAAGUGAGGCCAGGAUACUAAGUGGCUUCAUUCUGAUGCUAGACUCUUUGUAAUCAGAACAUUUCUAAAUGCUAUGAAAACAGAUUUGAUCCUUUUUCUUGGUUAAUGGCUGCCAGUGUGGCUUGUUAAUGUGAAAAUUCAUCACAGGCCAAGAUAAUAUAGGACACAGGUGGAUUGUGGAAAGACACUCCUAGGCAACUACUCGGACCCCAUUGGUUCUGGUGAGCAUACCAAGAAAUAGUUCCUACCUGUUCUUAAUAGCUAGUCUACUUACAGAUGUUAAUCCUGUGGUCCUUUAUAAAAUUCAGAUCGUCCAUUCUGCCCCAUCUUUUGGAUCCAAUUUUGGAUUGCAGCGACAGUAACUUUGUCCAUAUUCCUCAGGUUGGUUGAGAUUGAUGAUCUGAGGAUAGAACUGGGGGCCUCGUGGAUGCUAGGCAAGUACUCUGUCACUAAGCCUCAUUCCUAGCUGGCCUAGUCUCUUUAGCACAGAUUUCUCAGUUACUGCAGUGUGGAUAGGCUGAGAGUUUUUUAAAGGUACAGUUCUCUUUGUUUAACAAUUUCUUCUUAGCUUCAGUGUUCUCCCCUUUUCAUAUUUUACUAAAGGCACUCAGGAGGAACCAAGUUGCUCCUUUUGAACACUUUAAUUACAGAUAAGUUUCUGAAUCUAUCACUCUCAAGUUCUCACUUCCACACAAAAUACAGAUCUGCUUGGUUCAAUAUCACUACACAUCACUGAUUGCUUUUUCUUCAUGUUCUAAUAACAUGUUCUUCCUUCUUAACUAAGGGAGUCCUCACCAGAAUAGCUGGCCUCUACCUGUCACUCAGUUUCAAGGCUACUUGCAUGGGUUUAAGUGGGUUUUUUUUACUGCACUGCCACAGUACCACAAAACACUAGAGCUGGCAAAAUGGCUCAGAAGGUAAAGGUGCUUGUGAGCAGGAACUGAGUUUGAUCCCAGGGACCCACACAGUCAAAGGAGAGCACGGAUUGCUACACAUUAGCCUCUACUUCUACAUGCAUACCACACUUGCACACACAUGUAUACACCAUAAAUACAACACAAAACAGCAUAAACCAAGGUGCUUUAAAAUUUCCCUUUAAGAGAAACAAAAUUUUAGGUUAGCAUAAGUAUUGGGUUUUAUUAUGGCAUUUUCAUUUCUAUAGAUCGUUGUACUUCUCAUUAGCUUACCACUUUUGGAUAAAAUUUUAGGGCUGCGAGUUUUGCUCAAUGGUAAUAGUCCUUACCUAGCAUAUGAAUAGCUAGUUUUCAUUCCCUGCAGUGGACAGACCAUAUAUAGCAAUUUAUUUUCUUACACAUACAAGAAUAACAGCAUGGGAGCUAGUGAAAUGGUUCAGAGGGCAAAGCUCUUGCCCUGCAAACAUGAGGACCAGAGUUUGUUUUCUCAGAACCCAUCUAAGUGCCAGAUGGCUGUGGGGGCAGGCCGCCUGUAACCCCAAGACUUGGGAAGUAAGAUGGGAAUCCUCGGGCUAUCUGAGUAGUUAGCUUACUUGAAUCUACGAGCUUCGGGCUCAGCAAGAGACCCUGCUUCAGUGAAUAAAACGGAAAGUGAUUUGGGAAGCCUAACAUUACUUUCUGGUUUCCACAUGCCACAUACAAAUGUGGAAACACCAACAUGCACAUGCACACAUGAACACAGAAUAACAGCAUGCUUGGCUUCUGGAGUAGACUCUUCCUGGCAUGCAGUCGCUUUCAUAUGACAAAGUCUGAAAAUGAGGAUUUUUUUUUCCCUCUACUCAUACAAAUCGCAGCAUUGUGGAAUGACGUUUCCACUCAUUGUCCUGGACUAUCAAAUGAAAUUCUAAAGACCCUAUCUGAACAGUCAUGCUGAGCUUUAGAUUUAACAUGAAUUUGAGUGGGUCAUAGAUUCUUUUGGUUUCCCAGACAGGUAAUGAUAUUUGUAGAUAAUGAUGUUAUUUUUUUUUCUAUUUUAGUUGUUUCCUUACAUAAAUUAGUAUGAUGUCCAGCACACUAGUGAAAGUAGUAUAAGCAUAUUUUCCUUUAGAAUUAUAAUGAGGUAUGCUCUCCAUUAUACUGAUUUGCUUAUUAGGAUAGAGGGUUUUUUUAAUAUCUGGAUUUUGCAUAAUGGUUUUAUAGUAUUUCUUUAUUUGUGAGGCAAAAUUCCUCUUGGAUUCAUUAAUUGCUUUCCCUGUAUCCUCUGAGAUGACUAUCCUCAUUGGCUGGUAGCACUCAGGUAUCUAGGAUUUCAUUGUUCCAUAAUAAUAAAUACUGGAAUGACUAAAAGGACUCUAAAAUAAAGCAGUCAUUUAUUAAUGAUUAUAUAUUAUUAGUUUUCUGAUGUUAACUUUAAAUUCUUAGAUACAUUCAACUUGGACAUUAAGGUUCAUUUUUGUUUUGUGUGAUUGCUGAGGAUCAAACAAGCCCAGAUGAGGCAAGCACUCUGCCACUGAGCUCUCAUCUUGAGCCCAAUGGAUCGUUUUUACUACGUAAUGUUGUUUGUUUAUGCUUGCUCACAUAAAGAUUGCCAUAGCUAUUCUUGAGUAGCAUUGGCAUGUAACUUCUCCUUCUAUGUAAAGAAGUGGAGUAGGGGUAAGAAGAGUGCCUGCUUAGCAGUGCGCAAGGCUGUGGUUUCAAUCCUCAGCACCACCAAAACUGCCAGAUUUAAAGUGAACUGACUGGUUUUAGCUGUAGGUUAGAACAGUGUCAUACACUGCAGUGAAUGUAUUCCUCUCCUGUCCUAAUUCUAGACCUGUUCAGUUUCCUGAUUUAGAAUAAUUGACACUGUUAGGUACCCGUUUUCUAUUACCUUAAACUAUUCAGUAUCUUUUAUGUUUAUAGGACACCUAAGAUUUACAAUAUCAUUUAAAUUUUUUGAGUAUAUUUUUCUAGGCAUGCUUUCAUUUUCACAUAUGAAAUUUAUUUUUUCCUGUAUUCCUGAUGUUUCAUGGUUGCAUAAUUAACUAACUUUGGGUCUGCCUUGUAUUUCAAUCUGUAAUAAUUUCUCCUUGUAUUUAAAUUGAGUUAAUCUUCAGUCAGUAUUCUUUUGGAGAAUAUUUGUCUCAAACUACAGCAUGUUGCCUCACACUGUAAUCUUAGCGAUUGGGACGCCAAGGCAGGAGGAUCACAGAUUUAAGGGUAGCCUGAGCCUGGGCUAUUUUGUGAGACACUGUCUUAAGAAGACAAAAAUAAAAAAUAAGACAAGACAAAUGUACCCAAAGGAGGAGUUGGGGCCUGGUAAAUAAUCUGGGAGGGAAAAAAAUUUGUCUUGAAAUACUUAACUUUCCCAUAGAGUUUUUAUUUCAUUGACUCUGGCAGGUAUGGACAUGGUUAUAUAUUUCAAUUUUCUUUUUGUAUCCUUGGUUAAAAAAAAAUUGGGGGGAGGUGCUAGGAUUCAAAGUUGGGGCUUUACACAUGCUAUAACCCAGGUGUAGAUGUGUCUUUUAUAUAUACUUUAGUUAGAGUUUUAAAACUCUGAUUACUUGAAAAAUCCUGAUUAACAAUUCUUUUAGACCAUUAUGUAUAAUGCAACUAGUAACAAAAUUGGAAAUUUAGCAACUUUUUUCUUCUGUAUUUGUUGCAUGUACCUUUUCUGUAAUGAUGUUUUCACUGAAAUUUUACCCAGUGCUUGAAAUUUAUGUACUCCAUUUACUAUUUAGUUGCUAUUCUAAAACAUUAAAUCCAGUUUUAAAAUAAAGCGUGUUAAUA